AUGGCAUUUCUCAGCAACUUCCUUCUGUUCUCUUUGACUUUGUUCUGCGUGUGCCUUCUGCAGCCCGUCUCUUCCGUCAUUCACUUGCCAUUGUACAGGAGAGGAGGCCGUUUCUCGUGUCACGAGUUCGCGAACCUGACCCACCUCUCCGCUGCUCUUCACAGCGCCGAAGCGGAGUAUGGACGCAGCUACCGUGUCAUCGAGGGGGACCGCCUGGUGCGAAAAUGGGAUGUCAGGGCACUCAGGGAUGCGAAUGAUCCGGAUGUUGUUGGCGUCGUUGGGGGGAUGAAUCGAUGGUACACGAUGCUGGAGGUGGGCGAGCCACGACAGCGACUGGAGGUCGACGUGGACAUGUUGAGGCCGGAUUUCUACACGAUCACGACGGCGAGCCACGGGGGCUCUAGAUACGACGGGUCUGCCUCGCACAGUCACAGGCUCAGUCGCGACAUGGCGCAUCCGAUCUGCGCGCGGAGCAGCGAGGAAUUCCACUUCUCGCCCAGCAGCCUGCUGCCGGUGCGACUCGACUUCCCGACGUGUGCGCCAGCGAGGUCAUCGCCGCAGAGUCUGGGGCCAUCGGGCACGUUGCUGGGUCUGGCACCGCACGACACCGCCUGGCUGGCGCGGGUGUCUACGACGGCGAUUCUGGCGCAGUUGCGCGCCCAGGACGCUAUCGCCGAAGAGGUAUGGUCGGUCACGCUGCUGGACACGGAGACCGGCAUUCUCAGUCUUGGCGGCACCGUCGCGCAGGAGGUCGAAGAAGUCAAGCUGCGUGGCCAUCUCGAGUUGAAGCACUUUGGCGAAGUUGGCGUCACGACAGAAUGGGUGAGUGAGCAGGUCAAGCUGCAGCUGGGCCAGGCCAUGCCGCCGGACACGCCCUGGCAGCGGUAUUUCUGGUGGACGGACGUGUCGGGCACCGCAGGCUGGUGGACGGCGUUGAUGACGGGCGUGUGGGUGGACGGAGUCAAGAUCCUCCGCAACCAACCCGCCAUCUUCGACAUCAACGUGCCCUUCAUCCUCGCCCCCUCUGUGGCCGCUGCGCCCUUCUACCACGCGAUCGGCGGCACGAAACGCCUCCCUCCCCCUUUCGAAUCCUUCUUCGCCUUCCCGUGCUUCAAGGAAGUCCACGUCGCCUUCGAGAUGGGGAGCUCCUCGCGGCGGCUUAACAUCCCCUCCAUGAACGGCCAGGGCACCUUCGAGGACGGCAUACUGGGGCCUGUCGGGGGGCGCUUCAGCUUGGGGAACCUGCGCAAUGGGUCUGGGUACUGCGUGGGUGCAGUAGUCGAGACGAACAUGGGACACACAGCUCAAGGGCUGCGGAGUGGUAUGCGCAACGUCUGGGUCCUGGGCGAACCUUUCUUCCGCGAACUCGGUGUCGUCUUUGACGUGCAUAAUGGCAGGGUUGGGUUUAGGGUCUAUUGA